CCGCCGCGGACGGUAGUCGUUCGUAGCCGGUUCGCUGAAAGCCGCGCGACGCGGGUGGUAGGCGGGUGGCGUUUGUUGUCCCGUGGGUCGACUCGUGCGCGCGAGGGAGGUCCAAGAGAGCGAGGAACGGCGGGCGACACCGCGCGUGCUGCUCGUGGAACGUCGUCGGUACGGUGCGUCCGGGUUCUUCGACAGGCGGCGACGAAAUGGCAGCGGUAUCGUGUCGGGCGAUAUUCGUCGUGAGGUGGUGCGAGAUGAGCCGCGUGCUGACCGCCACGUCCUACCUGGCCGCGACGAGGAGGUACCGAAAGGAAACAUGGUGCAGGCGGUGGUGGUACAUCUCUCAACGGAGCGUCUCCCUGUCGGCCAGUUCCUAUUCGCCAAAGUUAAAUCCACUUCUGAUGAAGCAACUCAAAGAGCCUAAAGCCAUGGAGAAAGAAGCGAAGAAGACUGCGAGGAUUACGUCAGCGGAAAAGGUGGAGACCGGUGAGAAUAUCGGUCCGGGUGUCAGCGUGGCGUAUCACCGGGGACUUCCCAGGAUCACGGUGCCUCUGCCAUCCAGGAGGGAACACUGCUCGUUCACUAUGAAGCCGAUUACGCACACGGUCGGCAAUUUUUUAGAUAUGCUGAAGAUGGAGGACCGCGGCAUUGAUCGAGCGUGCAUAACGUCGCUAGAUGGCGUCAGGAUAGCCUCCAGUAACACGAUAGAGUCGCUUUUAGAGGAGGAUUUCAAAUUAUUAAUAAACGAUAACGAAUUCAUUGUCUCGCCGCCGUUGCAAGAAAGGUGCACGACAGAGGAUUUACAGAAACUCGGGGACGUGCAGGCGCUCGUGGCGCAAUUGUUCGAGGCGUUCCACGUGCGGGAAUAUCACAUCGACAUGGAGAGAUCUGUCGUCGCCGAGCUGGAGAAUAUUAGGCUACAGCUGGUACCAAUGGAACAGAAAUUGCAAGAGAUACAAAAUGCCGCUUACAAGAGGGCGAAUUUUUAUAUCUGGACGUUCCUAGUCAUGAUGUCUAUCCAAUUCGGGGCGUUGGCCAGAUUAACCUGGUGGGAAUACUCGUGGGACAUAAUGGAGCCCGUCACAUACUUCGUCACUUACGGCACUACUAUGAUGUGGUUUAUUUAUUACCUCGUGACUCGACAGGAAUACAUGCUACCGGACGUGUUGAAUAGGCGACACCUAAUAGUGCUUCACAGAAGAGCGCGAAAGGUCGGGCUCGACCUCAUCUUGUACAAUCAGUUGAAGGAACGCGCGUACGAGUUGGAGACCACGUUGAAAAUUAUUCGCGGCCCUUUAUACGAUUACAAGACUCAACGGGAGCGGCAGCAGCGCGCCCGAUCAAGUAGCUCCAGUAGCUCAAGAUCGCCGAGUUCCUCGCCUAGCCCUAGUCCUAGCCCCGAAAGAGACGUUCCUAAUAAAGUUAUCCCCGAGUCGGACAUGCCGAGGAAUUACGCCGAGGAAGUACGCCGAGGAGUAUAAAAUUCUAUUCACAAGGUGUUCAAUGACGAAGGUGCGCGCGCGACGGAGCCGGAAUGUAACAGAAUCAACGAUUACCGAUCGCUUAAUAAAUCGACGUUAUCUUCUUCCAACGAAGUACACACUUAGAAGAAAAAGAAGAAGAAGAAAAAGACUUCCCUCUCUCGAGUACCAAAGCGAUGCACUCAGGGUAAUUUUCAAGUCCGCAGAAUCGGACUGCUGCAUGAUCGGAAUUGCGAGACUGAAGUGGAGAUGUAAUUUAUUUUUGUGUUUGUGUGCGUUUACGUGAAGGUACCCCCGCAGUGAUAUCUCAGAUCUCGAGUCAGUCUUCCAAGUAGUGUAUCGGCGGUAACCAACUUUCGUCACGCGCAAUGCAUUUCAUAGGCCGACAUAUAGGCAGUUAAAGUGGAUUAUCGAAUGCUCAAUACUGUCGACGUGUUUGGAAGACGUUAGAGAAAGAUAUAUAAGAGAUAAAGAGAGUACACCAAGCGUCAUAAAUAGUUUAAUAGUCACUAGAUAAGCAUAUCCUUCGUCUCCAGUUAGUACUUCGAAGAAGUGACGCAUUUCACAAAGAUUUUAUAAGGGUUUUAUAAUAAAAAAAAGUACAUUUUAUUUGACGAACGAUCAAAAUCACGUCGGACAUUUAGUAUCUUGCAUGACGCUCUUUCCGAAAGUGCUCCUGGAAAAUGCAUCGAGGAAAUGUUAAAUCAUUUACGACGCUUACGUGUACGUUUACUAUUUUGAUUAACUCUUUGUUGCAUUUAGUGUUAAUCGGAAAGUUAUAUCCCGAGAGAUAUCAACGGAUUGUUGUUGUAGAUUACCUCGUCACUUUAUCAGCUGGUUUUAGCACUAAUACAACCGUCUCUCAUGCUCGGCCGAAUUAUAUAUUAUAAUGAAUCUCAAUGCUCUGUAAUUUGAAUCACAGCUUUUGCGCACUGGUGCAGAUUAAAUGCUAUUGAAUUUAAAUGUAAAAAUAUAAACAUAUUGACCAACGAAAAUUUGGCAGUGUAUAUACAUAUAUAC